AUGAAGUUUUCUACCAUUUUGGCAUCGACCUUGUCAAUCGCUUCCGUUGCGACGGCACAAUACAUUUCACCUGCUUCUGAAGAAUUGACAGUUAAACUUGAGACUAGAGAGAUGGGAGACAGUCUCAUGCAAGCAUACCAAUUGGAGCAGAGAGAUAUCUCCGACAUUGUUGGUAAUCUUGUUUCAAGUAUCAAUAUUUCUGCUAUCCUUGAUGACAUUGAUUUUGACGGAAUUGCUGAAUGGGUUAAUGGGUUGUUAACUGAAAACAACAACAUUCAAUACUUGGAAAACAUUUUGAACUUCCUUGGUCGUACAAACUUGGUCCCUAUUCUUAUUGGCUUUGUUGUUUCAAAUAACGAAACAAGACACCUUGCUUAUGAAGCUGUGGUUAGUAUUAUCAACAGUGGUCUCGAUCCAGAGCCAGUAUUUGUUGCAUUGAAGGAUUCAGGAUUGUUAUACACAAUUAUUGCUGACUUGGUUGAAAAUGAAAACACUUUGCCUCUUGUCUUUAGGGUUAUCCAAGAUACUAUCAGCGGAAUUGACUUUGGUGCCCUCAUUAGUCAAUUCUUGAACGGUGGAAGUGCAACUAUUACCUUUUCAACAAACACAAAUGGAGGUAGCAACACUGGAGGUCAAGCUCAGCCAACUUUGGUUGUUUCCAACCCACUUGGCGGAAAUAGUGGCGGUUCUGGAAGUGCUACAGCAGCAAACACUCAAGGUUCAAGCUAUAGCAGUGUUGAUGUUAACUCAAUCAACCAAUUGAUUUCUGCUGCUGCUAAUGGUGGUGCUAACUCUGUUUCCCUUACCAGAUCAACCAGCAGAACUACUCAAGGUCAAGCAUCUUCUAUUAACUUGGCUACUGUUACUGGUCCUGCCUUCCAAUCAGUUCCAACUUCACAAAUUGGACAAGGUCAAACAUCUGUUAACUAUGGCUCCCUUGCCGCUGUAGCUUCUGCUAUUGGUGGCUCUUCCAAGAAAAGAGAUGCUGUUGACGAAGUCUUGGAAUUUGUUGCUAAGCAAAAGAGAGCUGAAGACUUUGCUGAAGUUGAAUUGGCCAUUGAAUUGGCCAAGAGGAGCGGUGUUGAAGACUUGUUAACUACUAUUUUCUCAGCAAUUGCCCAAUCUAACUUGAUUAAUGAAACCAUCAGUUAUUUGCUUACCAACAGUCAAUUUGAAGGGUCUGUUGUAUUGAUUAUCAGAGACAUCUUGGCCAGUAUUACCCCAGCAACUUUUGAAAUUGACACCCUGAAUCCAUUGAUUACUGCUCUUCAAAACUCAGGAAUCCUUCCAGAUCUCCUUCAAAGAGCACUUAACGAUGAUGAUUUGAGGGCUGCUCUUCUCAGAGAUGUCCGUCAAGUCCUUAGUGAGCUUGGGUCGCUCGUGGGACUUUCAAAGAGAGAAAUGACUGAGAAUCUUUUGGCUAGAGAUGACGCAACUUCAAGCUUAAUCAGUUCUGUUUCACAAUCUACAAUUAGUGCUAACGCUUCGUCAGUUGCUACUGUCGAUGCUGCUAAUGCUGGGUCUCCUGCAUCAUUGAAUUUGGUUAGUGUUGCUUUUGCUGCAAUUGGUUUGUCAGCGUUCGUUUUAUAA